AUGACAUCUGGAACAGAUCGGGCCAAGCUGCCAUGUUACAAGGAUGAUGAGAUCUUAGUUGACUCAGCAGGUAUUCCACAUUUUUCUGGUGCAGUUCCAUCGUUGUUCAAGGAGUACAGGCAGCGUGUGUUGUUUGCAUUUCAAGGACUUGAAGGAGAUGGCAAGACCAAGGAGGAGGAAGAGCAUGAUUUAGCUCGCAAGCAACGACGCUUUGCACGUCGUCUCAUUGAUGGUUUGCAUGGCGAAGCAUGGGUUGCAUGCCAAGAGUUGUUGAAAGACUCGGAAGCAUUGAAGGCAACAGAUGCAUACAAGAAAGUGUUUGAAGCCCUCGCUGGCAUUGAGAAGGAGGUGAUCAUUCGCAAGACAGAAGCAUUUGAGAAGUUUUUCGAUCGCAGCCAUCGUCGUCGAGGUCAAGACAUCUACACCUAUAUCAGAGAGAAGCGACAGUGUUGGCGUGACUUGAAGCAUUUGGACGAUGCUUCAAAUAUGUCGGAAGAUCUGCAGGCCUAUUUUCUGUUGCGUGGAGCCAACCUCAGUCGUGAAGACCGUCGUGCAAUCUUGUUGGCCAAUCGUUCAGCCUACACCCAAGAAGGCAUUGAGCAAGCUCUCAAGAUCUCCUACCAUGAUUUGCAUGAACGAGAGAAAGCUCGUGGUGGCUAUGAUGAGAGUCGCUAUGUUCGCCGUAAAGGCAAAGGCAAGGGCAAGCGGCAGUAUAGCCAUUGGGUUGAGGAUGAACCGGAUUCCGUAGAGCAAGAUUGGUUGGAUGAGUUGACAGAGGCUGAUCCGGACACCGUUACAGAGUAUGCAGCAGAAGCCCACGAUGAGACCGAGUGGGAGCCUGAGGAGCCUUCAUCAGACAUCGGUGCAUCAGGAGACGAUGAGAUCUUUCAGGCCUAUGCUGCCAUGGAUCGCCAGAGAAAAGGCUAUCAGGAGCAACGUCAGAAGCUCAAGAACUUGCAGAAGAGCAGAGGCUUUUUCAAAGGUGAGUUCACUUGGGAAGAGCGCCAGAAAGCCAUCAGCCGUGAGAAAGAGCGCUCACGAUGCAGUGCCUGUGGCCGCAUUGGCCAUUGGGCAGGUGAUCCAGAGUGUGGAAAGACCGGAGGAGACUCAGCAAAGAAGAAGGGCAAAUCUCGUGGCAAGGACAAGCAGAAGAAGGGUUCAGCAAACAUUGUCAGUGAGAUGCCUUUCCCCAGUUAUUUCACGCUCGGUGAAGGAGAUGAAGACCUCGGUUUCGUCUGCGUGACCCAUGAUGAGGAUGAGAUGCCCAUUGAUGCAGGAGACCCCGACGGCCGCCGCCGUCGCAUUCGUGAGCAGAGUGAGUCAUGGUCCGUGGUGAGCUUUCCAGAUGGUCCACCAGAACCAGAUCAUGGCUAUGCCCCGGAGCGAGUUGUCAUUUGCGGCGUGCCAUACCAGUCGGUUGAGGCAAGCACAGAGCAGACCAUCCAGACCCUUCGUGAGCUUGGCAUGGAUGUUGAGCGUGUUUCCAUCACCGAGGAGGAGCAGACCCUUACAUUGUAUGACAAGCGUGUGACUCAGUUGCAGGAGUUGUGCGUUGGCUUCAACAUUGCGCAUUCGGGUUUGAAGAAGAAUGAACUGAUUGAGCGUUUGUCGAAGUUCUUCGGUGGUCACCCAGUGCCAAACCGUGGAGGAUCCGGAAAGAAGUUCAUUGUGAAGGAGCUCAAGGAAGGUGAUCAGGGCAUCAUCACGCCCAAAGCCAAGCCAACGGCGAAGCCAGCCGCCAAGAGCAGUCCGGCGCCCACCUUGCCGGAGCAUGCGCCUUUCAUCGGACCUCAUGGAAGGUACACACAAGAUGAGCUCUUCCAGGAGGACGUGUCAAUUUGGCACAUGAAGUGUGAGAUUUGCCAGGCAGCCAUGAUCGGCAAGAGAAAUCGUGAAGAUGGUGGCAAGUUCUAUGCAUGCAGUCGGUACCCGAUCACCGGUUGCAGGUUCACCAUGAACUACCGUGAUGGCAUGAUUCGCUUUCGUGAGUCGUUGGCAAGAGUGCAGGGCUUGGCAGCAGCCGGUGCAGGGCCUUCAUCGGGCUCGGAGCAUGUGGAGGAGGAUCGAGCCUACAUGGUUCGAUCAGUGCUGCAAGAGAAUUCAAGAACCUUGAGUGCAGAAUUCGUUGAUGGUGAUGAGAAUUUAGCUGACCCGUCUCUCUUGGCUUUACCGGAGGAGUUGGAGCGUGCUUACCAUCAGAUUGGAGAAGGAGCCGACGCCAACGAGGCCAAACUAGCUCUUAUUGAUACAGCUUGCGGACGCUUGGGCACUGUUUUCUCUGCUGAAAUUCCAGAAGGGAACACUCCAUUGCUUUUAUCCAUUUCAGCCCUGGAUUCUUUGGAUGCAGUCAUUUUCAUGAGACAAAGGAAGAUUCGUUUGCAAGAGCUUGGUGUUGAAGCGCCCUUGGUACAGACAAGGACGAAGCACAGAGCGAUUGAGGUGAGCUUUGACAAUUUGUUUGAUCCUGGCGAAGACACAGAGAAACGAGCACCGAUCUUGAAAUCGGAGGCGGAAGAUUUAGCACUCUAUUUUGCAGAGGAAGCUGAAGAGAGCAUCUUUCAAGAUACCACACCUUUGUUACAGCUUGACAGCUUGGAAGAGGCAUUUAUGGUCAAACUUCCAGACCUGACGGCUCGUGGUGUGAGAAGAGAAGAUGCUAGAAAACAGUUGCAUGCUGCUAGAUUUGAAGCCUUGCAACGGUCGGCCGUGUCGCAACGUGUUUUGGAUCAUCGCAUGUGGAUAGCAUUGAAGCACAACUACAACAAAGCAGAGGACAUGGCAACAAACGGCUUUAGUUGGACUAUGAUCUUUGAACCAUGGUGUGGUACAUUCCCAGUGACAAGACUAGCUGCAGCAACAAGAGGAAAACCAGUCAAGAAGCGGACAGGUUGGCUUUCGAACAAUGAGUUCAUCUUGAACCAGCUUGGACUUCAAUGCGAAUGUCCGCCGGGAGCUCAUGAGGAGAUCAUCGGACACCGCAGAUCAAAAGAAGCAGCAGUCUACCCUAGACAGCUUUGUGAGGCAAUUUUGAAAGGAGUUGAACAGAGCAUUGUCAAUGAUUACAUUGCUGAUCGGAGGAGUUGCCCCGCUAUUUUACAAUCUGCUUUUCCAGUGCAUGUUGUUGAUGACGACGAGGUUGUUGACGUGUCUUCAGGUGAGGAGCCACCGCAACCGCGUGCACCUGGAAUGUCUGAGAAGAUCCGUCGUGAGAUGGAAGAGUUUGAGGCGAGUUUGCCUCCACCACCAAUGCCAAGAACAGAGUUGUCAGCAGAGGAUGAGCCGGAAACACCUUUUCCAGUUGACCCUUCAGGUGAUAGAGAUGUAGCAGUUCCUGAAGCAGAACCUGUAGCACCAUCCCGUGCAACAGCAGCACCGAUGACACCUAGCAAUGUUUUGAGACGCAGGCCUAGGACUCAGGAGGUUCGCAGAGGUGCAUGGAGCAAGUUGCAUGGAGCAGAUGUUCUGUUGACUUUGCGUGAACUUUUACGCUGGAGUGUUGACAAUGGUGCAGUGAAUUGGUCUGUUUUGGAAGAUCAAGAACAGCUUGCAAAACGCUUGAAGGACAUGGAGGUGGCGCAAACAGACGUUAACCUUAUCCUUGUUUCACGUGUCGCACGUCGUAUGAAGAAGCCGCAACCUCGGUUAGGCCCACUUGAGGCACCACUUCGGAAAGCCAUUCUGUUGAUGGACAAUGACGAUGUCAUUACAACAGGUUGGGAAGAGUGGACAAAGCAGCCAGUUUCUUCGCAGAUUCGAGCACUUCCUACAAGGCCUAGGCAAUUGGCCGUCAUGUUGUUUGGAAAGGAUGCACAUGCAUCACCUCCAGCGGAGGAACCGGAGCCUCAAGAGGCAGCUGAUGCAAAGUGGAAUCGUGUUCCACGAGAGUUGCGUUUAGCCCUUCGCAUCCUUGUUGCAGCCUCACCGGAGAACCUCAGUUUAGCAGACGAUGAUGAAGUGAAAGGUCGUGAGUUGUCGCAGCAAGAGCUGAAGGAUGAGCGUGGUCAAGUUUUUGGUGGCCACAUUGAUGUGAGCAUGAGUAACUAUGCUUUGGGCAUGAGUAAGAUCAAGAUCGACAAGAGUCGAGGAGAAAAUGUGGACGCUGAAUUGAAUGCUGAAGAGAAAGAGAUUUUGAAUUCAGGAGCAGGUGAACUUGGUUGGAUUACCAGACAGCUUCGCAGUGAUCUUGCAUUCGACAACGGUUGUGUGCAACGUUGCAAGAAGAACCCCACGAUCAAGGACUUGUUGAGAUUGAAGCAGGCCAUUGAGGCCGGAGAUUGGAUAGCAGUGCUUUUACAUGAAGCCUUCCAUGGUAGUGUUGAUUUGAAGAAUUGGCCCCAGAUCAUUGAGCAAAGAAUGAGAAUUUAUGUGACAGAUGCACGUUCAGUUUUUGUUUAUUUGAGUAAAGAUGCGACAUCGACCAGUUCAGAUAAGCGCAUGGCCAUUGAAGGUCGCAUGAGCAUUGGCCUCGACGUCCGCAGCCAUUUGCCAGACCCGAGUGGUCCACCCGUGUGGUCCACCCUCUCCCGGCCUGACCGGCCCUUGUUCGAUCGUUGUGCCAUAGCCCGGGCUUCAUCGCCCUGGCCGUUCGUGGAGACAGACUUGUCCGCUGGAAAAGAGAGGGGGGCAGUGGGCGCAGGAGAGGUCUCGAAACUGGAGAUCAGCCUGGUGCCUUCAGACCCUCAAGUGGAGGUGCGACCCCAACGAUCUCGCGGACGAGAUGGGGUCGCUGGAUGUGUGGGAGAUGUGUCGGGAGGAAUAGGAAGAAUCGGAGGACUGCGUUUUUUCGGAAAGGAGGCCAUUGGUUAUGGGGGGUGGGUUCAAAAGCAAAGGAAGGUGGAACAUCUUCAAGUCCGGCAGAUCUACUUGCAGAUCUUUGACAUCGAGGAGAGAUCCAGACAUGGCAUGGAAAGUCCUGCAGCAGUCCUCGUGUGGCUUGGCACGGUCCAGGAUCCGCCGCGGCUGUUGGCUGAUGAGGUCACCGUGGAGAACGUUCUUCUACUUCUCCUCCGCCGCGAGGACUAUACCUUGCCGGCUGGACUGGCGCCAGAGGUGGUCUUCGAGGGAGUCGAAGCGCAUGUGAACCCUGACACUGAGCAUGUUGUUUCCCGUCGACAUGACCGAUGGGAGAUGUGCCACUGCAGUGAUCCCGAUGGUCGACCACCCCAUGGUCCAGUUUCAUGGGUUUUCACCCCCAUUGACGGUCGCGUUUGUUUGGCUUGGCUUCAGCAUGUGAAGCUCAAUAGUCUAAAUAGGACCGAUUUGGACCUGCAUUGA